AUGGCCCAGGCUGCUCCACAAAUGGUCAGCAAGCUCGAGGGGCACGUGGGGGGCUCCGCAUCCCUGUGGCUGCGGCAGAAGAGCCGGAAGAUGCAGGAAACCUGCGUUUUCACGGUGGCGACCAAGGAGAAGGAUGGCGGCACCGCGCGGGUGGCAAAGCGACGUUGCAGCGGAGACGGCGACUUCACAGAUGUUGUGUCGUGGAGCUCCGAGCUGUCCGUGGUGUGGGGGCACUAA